CCUCAGAUCAUCAGGCAUUAGAUUCUCAUAAGGAAGACACAACGUAGAUCCCUCACAUGCGCAGUUCACAACAGGGCUCGAGCUCCUAUGACAAUCUAAUGCCGCCGCUGAUCUGACAGGUGGCGGAGCUCAGGGAGUUAAGGCUCACUGGCCCACCAUUCACCUCCUGCUGCGCAGCUUAGUUCCUAACAGGCCAUGGACCUGUUCUGGUCCACAGCCUGGGGGUUGGGGACCCCUGCAUUAACGUAUGGCCAUAAAAUUAAGAUGGCCCACACGUUCCCUUUAAAUAAGGCAUCCUGAUGGACUAAAGACCACCCUAUUAGCCAGUCACGGGAGCACUAUCAUGUAUUUGGUAUUUAACUUUGGGGGUGCUGUGACUCAGCAUGGCAAGAGCCUGAUUCCUGCCAAACCCAUUGUAGUUGAACUUAUACUGAAUAUUCCAGACUGACAUAACAACCAUAAGGUGUUAAUUCUGGUUGAAGGAUAUAACAAUUAAUCAACAGAUGCUCACGCUUGCACAUACGCUCAAUUUCAAGAACUAUUUCCGAUUAAAUCUGCAGCCCUCCCCUAAUCUGACUUUACUAUCAGCCUGGGUAAACACACCUUUGCCAAACCCCAAACACAAGAGACUAAAAUGCAACCCAGUCAGAACCCAGACAUAUUUUAACCACAAACACCCCAACAGCUACCCCUCGAUUGAUGUAAUUUUCUAAAAAAUCUUAAGACCCCCCUACCAAAUAAAUCCUCCAUUAUGUAUAAUAUAUUAACUAAACUUCUGCCCUAAUACCAAUAUAAUACCUUGAGCAUAGCCCUCUGAAAGUGCUGCCCCAAUAUACCAUAACCCUAAGUCAACCAUGCUCUAAUUAUGAAUAACCUUCUUAGCCAAACCUCUGCCAAUUCACCUUUAAAGACCCUGAACUUCCAGAACUGUAAACAACUAUUUCUUUCUUUCUUUCUUUCUCAUACUUUAAUUUUCCACUUAAGUAUUCUAUGCAGUUAAUGUAGCUUAACCACUCAAAGCCAGACACUGAAAAUGUCUAGAUGGGUCCACACAACCCCAUAAACAGAUAGGUUUGGUCCUGGCCUUUUUAUUAGUUAUUUGUAAGAUUACACAUGCAAGCAUCCCUACCCCAGUGAAAACGCCCUCUAGAUCACCCGGAUCAAAAGGAGCAGGUAUCAAGCACGCACACACAAAUGCAGCUCAAAACACGUGGCUCAACCACACCCCCACAGGAAACAGUAGUGUUAAAUCUAGUAAUAAACAGAAGUUUAACUAAGCUAUACUAAUAUUUAGGGUUGGUUAAUUUCGUGCCAGCCACUGUGGCCAUAGAGUUAACCCAAGCUAAUAGAACUUGGCGUAAAGAGUGUUUAAGGUCUGCCCUCAAUAAAGCUAAACUCCAUCUAAGUUGUAAAAAACUCCAGUUGAAAUAAAAUAUACUACAAAAGUAGCUUUAAUACCCUGAAGACACAGCAGCUAAGACAAGAACUGGGAUUAGACACCCCACUAUGCUUAGCUCUAAACCCUAAUAGUUACAUUAACAAAACCAUUCGCCAGAGUAGUACAAGCAACAGCUUAAAACUCAAAGGAUUUGGCAGUGCUUUAUAUCCCUCCAGAGGAGCCUGUUCUAUAAUCGAUAAACCCCGAUAUACCUCACCGUCUCUUGCCCCCGGCCUAUAUGCCGCCAUCUGCAGCACACCCUAAAAAAGGUUAUAGAGUAAGCACAAGUACACACAUAAAAAUGUUGGGUCAAGGUGUAGCCCAUGAGGUGGCAAGAAAUAGGCAACAUUUUCUAUGUCCAGAAAAUCUCACGACAGCCUUUAUGAAAUCUAAGGGCUUAAAGAGGAUUGAGCAGUAAACCAAGAGCAGUGUUUGAUCGAAUAAGGCCAUGAAGCACGCACACAAAACCCAUUAUCCUCCUCAAAUACUACUCUAGAAAUCACUAUUACUGUUAAUUUUCUACACAGGUAUAGAGAAGAUAAGUUGUAACAUGGUAAGCAUACUGGAAAGGGUGCUUGGACAAGCCAAAGUGUAGCUUAACCCAAAGCAUCCGGCUUACACCCAGAAGAUUUCAUCAUGACCUGACCACUCUGAGCCAACUCUAGCCCCAAACCUCGCGAAAAAUAUUAUCAAACUCUCUUAAUCAAACCAUUUACCUUAAACAAAAGUAUAGGUGAAAUUUCUAUCCUGGUGCAAUAGACAGUACCGUAAGGGAAAGAUGAAAGAACUAUAUCAAGGAAUAAAAAGCAAAGACAAGCCCUUAUACCUUCUGCAUAAUGCAUUAACUAGAAAUAACUUUACAUAGAGAACAAUGGCCAAGUCCCCUGAAACCAGACGAGCUACCCAAGAAUACCUGAAAGAGCACACUCACCUAUGUGGCAAAAUAGCGGGAAGAUUCAUGAGUAGCAGUGACAAGCCUGCCGAGCCUGGUGAUAGCUGGCUGUCUCAGUUCAACUUUAAACUUACCCAUGGAAUUACUUAAUCUCCCUGUAAGUUUGUUAGUCUAGAGAGAGACGGCUCUUUAGACUCUUCCUACAGAAAGUAAAAAACAUUACCACCACAGUUGGCCCACAAGCAGCCACUAAUUAAGAAAGAAUUUAAGCUCAGUAUCUAACUAUCUUAAAUUCUAACCAGUCUACUGAACUCUUAACAUCACAUCGGACUAAACUAUUACUUAACAGAAGCAACAACGUUAAUAUAAGUAACAUGAAGGCAUUCUCCAUUGCAUAAGCUUACAUCAGACCGGAGUAACCCACUGACAGUUAACAGCCCACUACUAAUAAAUGAUAUAAUAAACACCUAUUAUUUGCACUGUUAACCCAACACAGGCAUGCUCUAAGGAAACAUUACAAAAAGUAAAAGGAACUUGGCAAAUCCUACCCUGCCUGUUUACCAAAAACAUCACCUCUAGCAUUACCAGUAUCAGAGGCACAGUCUGCCCAGUGACAUAUGUUCAACGGCCGUGGUAUCCUGACCAUGCAAAGGUAGCAUCAUCACUUGUUCCCUAAAUAGGGACUUGUAUGAAUGGCCACACGAGAGUUCAGCUGUCUCUUACUUUCAACCAGUGAACUUGACCUAUCCGUGAAGAGGCGGAUAUAAACAAGUAAGACAAGAAGACCUUACGGAGCUUUAACUCAUCAAUGCAAAUAAAAACUCCAACAAGCCUACAGGCCCUAGCCUCCUAUCCCUGCAUUAAAAAUUUUGGUUGGGGUGACCUCGGAACAUAAUUCAAUCUCCUAACAACCUAAACUAAGACCACACUAGUCUAAGUGAGUUAUUACACACUGAGCCAAUAAUUUGAUCAACAGAAUAAGUUAUUCUAGGGAUAACAGUGCAAUCCUAUUCUAGAGUCCAUAUCGACAAUAGGGUUUACGACCUCGAUGUUGGAUCAGGACAUCCUAAUGGUGUAGCCGCUAUUAAGGGUUCGUUUGUUCAAUGAUUAAAGUCCUGUGUGAUCUGAGUUCAGACUGGAGUAAUCCAGGUCUGUUUCUACCUAUUUAACAUUCCUCCUAGUAAGAAAGGACAAGAGAAAUAGGGCCCACUUCAUAACGUGCCCUCACUCCACAGAUGAUGCUAUCUCAAUCUAAUAAAUCAUCACACACUAUACCCAAGAGUAGGGUUUGUUAAGAUGGCAGAGCCUGGCAACUGCAUAAAACACUUUAUAAUCAGAGGUUCAAUUCCUCUUCUUAACAACAUGCCUAUAACUAACCUUCUCCUGCUCCUAACAUCUCCACUCUUACCGCGAUAGCGUUCCUUACACUCAUCGAAUGAAAAAUCUUAGGCUAUAUCCACUACGUGAAGGACUCAACAUUGUAGGACCCUACAGACUGCUUCAACCAUUCGCUGAUGCAAUAAAACUUUUCACCAAAGAACCCUGGCGGCCCUUACCAUCUCCUAUCAAUACCCUUUAUAUUACUGCUCCAACCCUAGCCCUCUCCAUCACUCUCCUCUUAUGAAACCCCCUCCCUAUACCAGAUCCUCUAAUUUUAACGUAGGCCUCCUAUUUAUACUAGCCACAUCAAGCCUAGCCGUCUAUUCUAUGAUCAGAUGAGCAUCUAAUUCAAGAUAUGCACUAAUCAGCGCACUAUGAGCUGUGGCCCAGACGAUUUCAUAUGAAGUCACCCUAGCUACUAUCCUGCUAUCAGUUCUACUGAUAAGCAGCUCAUUUAACUUAUACAUACUCAUCACAAGAAUUCCUCUGACUGCUUCUACCAUCAU